CUCUCUCCCGCUGCAUUGCGUGCAUUUCUUGUCGAAUUAAUAAAUUAUUUAUUGGAGAUUAAUUAUCAUGGAUAAGGUGUUCGAGCUGGCGUCGAGGACGGCGGCGGCGAUCUUCACGAGGGGCUCCUGCGACAUGUGCUUCACCAUCACGACGCUGUUCCAUAAUCUCGGAGCAAGCCCGGCGAUUUACGAUCUCGACCAGUUUGGCGGCGCCGGCAGGGAAAUGGAGAGGGCCCUCAAGAAGCUGAACUGUAACCCCGCCGUCCCCGCGGUGUUCAUCGGCGGCAAGUUCGUGGGCUCCUCCAAAGACGUCAUAUCUUUCCACGUUGAUGGGUCUCUCCGGCAAAUGCUCAUCAACGCCGGCGCUAUCUGGUUCUAGCAGAUGCUUCCGAUCCACCUGCCGCCAAACUGUCUAACUCUGCUAGUUUUGUUUUUGCUAGGUUCAGUACUCUCGCUCACUGUACUUUGCAUAUAUAUAUAUAAAGACAGCCAAGUUAUACUUAA